UAAAUAAAGUAUUGCGAUGUCAGUUUCUUUCCAAUAUUGUGCAGCCACAAUCUAUGGUGUUAUUAAUUGCUUUUGUGUGUGUUUAAGAACUUUUAUAGAGCAAAGAAAUCUUCAGGGCAAAGUGUCUGCUGCUUGGGUCAAAAAGAAAUGGGAAAACCUCAAGCAGAAGUACAAAGUAAGUUUUUUUGUACUUAUUUUUUAUCUUUGUUUUAAUACUGUUCAUAUAUUUAUUUUGCUUGUUUUCUUGUUACAGGAUCUUAAGUGUCCACAGUCAGGGGUCAGCACAGAGGAUGGGGAACUGACAGCAGCAUCCUGGAAGUGGUAUGGGGUGAUGGAUGCUGUAUUAGGCUCUAAGCCAUCCAUCACCCCACCACUGCUCAUACAGUCUGGCAGCAAGGAUGUUGCUGAUCAUUCCUCAUUCUCUGUUGCUGGCCCAUCUGCACCAAGGAAGAGAAGAAGGGGAACAUUUGACAUAUCUCAAGGAGAUGGAAGAAAGAGAGGCAAGAAGAGAGGAAGAAGCCCAACAGAGAGAGGAAAGAAGAGCAAGAGAGGUGGAAGAGAGAGACACAAGACAAUAUGAAGAGACUAAAAAGAGAGAGGAAGAAGCCAGGCAGAGAGAGGAAGAGUACAGGGAGAGAACGCAGAGGAGACAGGAAAUGAGGGAUGUGGAGAGAGGCUGCAGCAAGAGAGGAGAGGUUCCUCAGUUUAAUGGAGAUGUGAGAAAUAGCCUAUCUAGGCCAGGGCCGUACAACGGGUGGCCUGGUGGCCACUGUCCCUCUGCCCAGAUCGGCUGA